UUAAAACAAACACAGGCUGCCUAUAUAAUGACCAGGCAGCCAACAGUCGCCACCUCCACCAGGAAUCCCAGGCCCAUCUGUCCCCAGCCAGCCGAGGCCAUGCCCUCCCCAGGGACCAUCUGCAGCCUGCUGCUCCUCAGUGUGCUCUGGGUGGACUUGGCCAUGGCGGGCUCCAGCUUCCUGAGCCCCGAACACCAGAAAGUGCAGCAGAGAAAGGAAUCCAAGAAGCUGUCAGCCAAACCGAAGCCCCGGGCCCUGGAAGGCUGGCUUGACGCAGAAGUCAGAAGUCAGGCGGAAGGCGCAGGGGACGAGCUGGAAAUCCAGUUCAGCGCCCCCUUUGACGUUGGGAUCAAGCUGUCAGGGGCUCACUCCCACCAGCACGGCCAGACCCUGGGGAAGUUUCUUCAGGACGUCCUUUGGGAAGACGCCAGUGAAACCCCAGCCGACAAGUGACGGGCCCUGAGUCCAGCCAUUUCUCCGUUUUCCCACCCUCAGAAGCACUUACCUGGCUUCCAGAACACUUCCGAGACCAC